AUGGCAUUGAGAUCCAGCAACUUCACAAACAACGUUGCGGCCGACAACGGAGGUGCUGUGUUUACGAAUGCCCCGACAGCCAUAGAGUUGUGCUGCGACUGCACCGUUGAAGUGGGCGAGGACACGAGCAGCCUGGUAUCGCGCCAGGGGCGGUUUUCUUCCGGAGGAGGCGUAAGCGGACCCAGUGUGGCAGUGCGGAGGGGCAUCUUGGAUCACCGUGAUUUGUGCAAUCGCACGUGGUUUGGAAACGGCGUACGCGAAGAUGGCUCACGCGCGGUGGCUACUACUGCUGUGUCUGCGAGAGUCUAUCGUCGUGGAACAAGCGCACGGAUUGAUGAGGACCAAGCCUUUAGCAUCUUGAACCACAGCAGCGGCACCUACCUGGAGCCAUUCGACAUGGUCCUGUUCGACGCCUUCGGCCGCCCCACAGUCGCGUAUCCACGCACGCUGAUCCGCGUUGCUUCCGGCUCGCCUGACGUGGCGCUGUCCGGCCAGCUCAUCACCGAGGCUUCGAGCAGGACAGCUCUUUCGAGUGUGCACCUGCUGUCCAGCAUCGGCAAGCGGCACAACUUGACCCUUUACUUCGAGCCUGACAUUGGGCGCAAUAUCAGCAUUGGGGUGGACGUCCGAGGUUGCCUGCCUGGCGAGUUUGCGGUGGAUGUCGAGGGGGUCGGGGCCGCCCAGCACUGCAAUGUUUGCGGCGAUGGUUUGUACAGCUUUGAUCCUGCAAGGCAGAGGUGCCUGCCGUGCCCUGCGGACGCCGAUUGUGGACCUUCGACGGUCACUCCCAAGGAAGGAUUCUGGCACUCGACGUCGCAAUCUACUGCAAUGCGCGAGUGCUUGGUGGAAGGCGCGUGCGAUUACGAAAACAGGACCGAGAAACUGGCGGGGCAGGCGUGGUUUGCGCAUUUCCGCGGAACAAUCUUAAAUUCGGCAAACGAAACUGCGUACGAACAAUGUUCUUCGGGGUACCGCGGCAUGCUCUGUGGCUCGUGCAAAGAGACGCAUGGACGGGCGAAAUCUGGCGAAUGCAUGCGCUGCAGAGGCACCGCAGGGGAUGUCGGCAUUGUCGUUGGUCUGGCUGUGUGGUUCACGUUAAUUGCCGCCUUGAUGGUGACAAACGCGUUGUCGACCGACACAACCGGUGAUGCUGAGGACGGCGAUGGCAAUUCACCGGAGCAGGAGCAGAGCUGCUCCACAGAAAUAUUUCAGAUUCUCAUAAACUAUCUGCAAACACUGGGGCUGGCAGUCGCAAUGCAUACCAAAUGGACCAGAGCUGUUUACCGAGUGCUCGGGAUAGCAGCGCUCGUAUCCACGGCGGGGGACAACGUCUUUUCCUUGGAGUGCGCAAUGUCCAACGAGUCGCCGGCGCGCCGCUCCAUUUCCGAGAGCGCAGUCAGCCUGGCAUUUCCCUUCAUAAUGAUCGCCCUGUUUUCUGCGGCCUGGUGGGUCCUGUGGCGCGUCAAUGGGAGAUCCAUGGGUAAUUUGAACCGUUACAUUUGGGUCUCCGUGCUGUCCAUUCUGAGUCUGUUCUAUUUGGACAUCGCCGACAACUCAGUGAGGAUACUGAACUGCACCUCGGUGGACGGCGAGUGCGUUGCUGGCAAUCCCGAGGAUGGGUGUGGGGAGCAACCAUCGAGGCGCUGGACAGAAGAUCCGGAUAUUGUUUGCUGGCAAGGCCAGCAUCUCAUAUUGGCCAGUUCGGCUGCCGUUCCAUUGCUCUUCGCCGUGUGUCUGGUGUACCCGCUGUGGAUCCUGCGAUUUGGCGGACUGCCCAGCUCAGAUCUGGAGUCCGAGGUGUUCGGAUUUCUGCACCAGUCGUACAACAAAGAUUGCAAAUAUUGGGAAGCCGUUAUCAUGGCACGAAAGGGAUUCUUGGCCGGUGUGUCUGUGUUCUCCUUCUCUCUAGGAUCCGAAGGCAUGAGCUUUCUAUCCAUCACCAUACUUUUUGUGGCUGGCAUAGCGCAUGCAUGGAAGAAGCCAUUCAAAUCGGAUCGGCCGAAUAGAAUGGAAAUUCUGGCUAUAACCUCAUCUAUCAUGGUUUUCUUUCUUGGGAGCCUCUUUGACAACCCCAAUGUUCAGGGAUCAAAUCCAGCCAAGAUCGCCAUUUCUGUUGCUCUCAUUGGGCAGAUGCUAGCGUUUGUAGCUUACGUCUUUGUUCGCCUGUCGAUCGAAAAUUGGAGGGAUCGAUUUCACAAGCGGGAAAGCGCAGAUGACGUUCUUGGGCGUACAUCGGCGACGGGUGGACCGACUCUUCUGCCUGUGACGUCGAGUGAAUCUAGCGCGUCGAUAGGAAGCAUGGGUGACAGCCAUGGAUACACCCAAAGAAGCCCGCUGGUGACUCGUAAGUCUCCUUUGUAA